CGUCUAACAUGGCGGAUGAGACUGCAUUUUGCAAACACUUAAAAAUUCUGCCUUUCUACACGCGUUGUUUAUGAUGCUUUCUCUUGAAUUUACUACUUAAGCCAUGGAAGAAGGCUACAAAAAAGUAAUCGAACGAAAUCGCGACAAAUUUCGCCGCGCAGUUACAGUAGAGAGGUUAUUUUCGCCUUUAGUUGUCAGCAAUGUUGUGACUUCAGACGAGGCUCAAGCGAUUCAAAGCGAGCAUCCUACUCAAAGAGUGGACCGACUUUUGGAUGUCAUUCAGAGAAAAGACUAUGAGAAGUUUAAGAAGUUCUGUGUUGUUCUGGAAACGACAUACCCGUACAUGUUGAAUUGUAUGUUUUUGGCAGUGGACCCUCCAACUUCAAUUGCUUCGUCGCACAUUCGAACUGAUCAAGGAAAAACUACAGAUGGUGAUAGUGAUCCACCGCGGCACAUGCAAUGCCCUGGAUCAUCUCGACGCGCAAAUGUGGGUCGUAGCACUAGUAUGACAGGCCAUGACCUUUGCAAAGAUCGGCUCCAUGGGUUGAAAAAUGAGCUUAAAACUGUGAAACGGGACUUGGAAAAAGUCACCGCACAACUGCAUGAAUCUGAAGCAGAAAGGGAUGCCUACAGGAAGUUAAAUGACCUGAAAAUUGGAGAAAGAUUGCAUAUUGACAAUAACUCUAAUGUCCCUAUUGGAAAUUCCCAAGGCAGUGAGAGGGAGGAGGAGUUUAUAAAGCUCAAAAAACAGUACGUAGAGUGCUUAAAAGAACUAGAGAUGUUACGGUAUCAGCAUUCGGAAAUGACAGAUAAAUAUGACGCUGUUUGUCAACAGUGUGAAAGUGGCAGAAAAUACAAAAUGUUAUUUCAAAGUUUACAGAGAAAAUUUGAAGAGUCAGACCUUGAGCGAGAGAAGUUGAAACAGGAGUAUGAGGAAAUUGUAUUACUUAGGGAAAGAGAAAAAAUUGAACAUGGUGAAAUCAGGAACAAUCAGAAAUACGAGGAAUUUCAUUCUGGAAACACAUCUUUUGAUAAAUAUGAGUCACACAAAAAGGAGUUUGAAAAUCUUCAAGAUUCUCACCAAGACUUACGAUCAAAAUACAAUCACAUGUACAAAAGUUAUCAGAAUUUGGAGACAGACUACUCCACCCUUAAAAUUCGGUAUGAAGAUUUGCUUCAUGAGCAGGACUCGCUGAUUGUGGAACGUAAUGGACUGAAACAACAAGUUGAAGCAGCCAUCAACAAGUACGACAAAGCUGUUAAGGAUCGUGAAGCUGCUUUGAAGACUUCAUAUCAGGUUCAACAAGGGAGAGAACGCGAACGCGAGCAGGUCAUGACAAUUCAAAUGAAAACUGCCAAAGAUAUUGCAAAGUUAACUGAAGAGAGAAAUGCUGCGUUGAAUGAAUAUCAACUGGUGAUGAGUGAGCGUGACACAGUUCACCAGGAAAUUGAAAAACUUCAUGACGAGCUCACUAAUCUGCAGAAAACUAAUGAAAGCCUUCAAAAAGAUUACUCAAAACUACAAAAUUGUCUUCAUGAGACGCAGGGGGAGCUGUCUCUCUUAAUGGAGGAACGUGAACAGGGGUCGAAAGAGGUUUUUACUCUGAAAGAAAGUCUGAGCCAGGCUUUUUUGGAAAAGGAUAGUGUUGAUAAAGAACUGGAGAAAGUCCAUGAAGAGUAUGAAAUGUUAAAACAGGAGAGGAAUGUGGCAAGAAGAGAACGUAGUGAAGCAAUAAUUCACAGGGACAAGAUUCUGAAAGAGUGUUUUGAAAUUCGACAGAAACAUCAGCUGGUUCUUAAAGGAGAAAAUAAAGAGAUGGAUGCACUGAAAAAACAGUUUGAAGUGCUUUCAAAUGAAUUGACAAAUGCUUUGCAUGACGUAGAAGUUGUGAAAGCAAGAAGAGACUGGGCCAUGUCUGAAAAAGACAAAGUCAUACAAGACAGGGAUUCUUUGAAAAUAAGAUUCACCAAGAUGCAACACGAAAGAGAUCGGGCUGUCAGUGACUUGGCCGAACUUCUUCAUGAAUCUGAUGCCAUGAAGAGAAAGCAUGGUGAAGUUGUUGCAGAACUUUUGGAACUUCGAAGCCACAUUGAGGUGCAAUUGAAUCGCGAAAACCUCUCACAAGAGCUUGUUUCUAGUAGGGAUUCUGCAAUUGACUCCGACUCAACAGAAUGGGAAACAGAAUCAGUUGUCUUAGAAAGGAUGAAUCUCGACGAUGAUCUUGGCAUUGCCAUUGCUGGUGGAAGAGACACUCCUGCCAUUCCUAAUGACAGCUCCAUUGUUAUAACAAAUGUUGCCAAAGGAAGCAUAGCAGACGGAAAGUUAAGGGUGAACGACUGUGUACUGAAGGUGAACAAUAUUGACCUGACAAACGUUGAGUACCGCACUGCUGUUCAAGCAAUCAGUAGAGGAGAGGUUGUCAAUAUGACUGUCAAGAGGAAAAGGUGUUCAGGAUCCAGGGCAGUGCUUCAUCCAGUUAGUCUCAUGCUGACAAACAAUAAAGAGCUGGGGAUCAGAGUUGACAGCACAAAUCAUAUCAGUUCAAUUAUACCUGGCAGUGUUGCUGCAGAGGAGGAAGCCAUUGCAGUUGGAGAUAAGAUUAUUACCAUAAAUGGCAAAUCUAUUGAAAACCUGACUCAGCCGGAGGUAGAGCAACUACUUUCAAUGAGUUUAGUGAGCCUUACUCUGCAGAAACUGUCGUCAACUUCAUCUCGACCACAAGUGCUUCAGUCUCUGCUGAACGAAGUCAACGAAAAGAUCAACAGAGAAAAUAACAUCUGCCGUGAGGCAGAACUUACCAGGGAAAGGAUAACAAAUUCUGGCAGCUUGAAUGAAUUUCAAAUGUCACAGCAGGGGUCAUCCUCUGCUUAUUAUUCCGGGAAAAGUUCUCCUUUGCCUGAUGACCAAAUAUCAUCAACUCCAGAAUCAAUUUCUGAACCAGCCAUUCAUUCAUUGUCAUCUACACCUCUUUGUGGGGUUAUUGGCGAAAAACAAACAGAUUCCAGUGAUUUGUCAACAGAGGAAGGAAGCGCGCCCCAUCUUGUGACAACCACUGCGGGCUCAACAUCGCGACCAAGAACAUUUCAGAAAAUCAGGUCUAGAACAUCACAGAUGUUCCCCAGUCCCCUGACAAAGUCACCUGGUCUAUCAAUGCCAUUUCAAAAAGAGAGACCAGUGCCUCCUAUGAGAAGUUGCUCUUAUAUGUCAGCCAUCACAUCACCCCCGCAAGGAGACUUGAAUAAUAGCUCACAAGAAGACAACAUUAACGCCAUGUCUCCACCACCAGUUCAUUACCCAUCAAAGUCCCACGUUAUUCCUCGUAAAAAGAAAGAUUCUUACUUCCGCAACGGCUCUCGUCCCCAGUCUGCACCCUCUGUGAGAAACUACCAGGUGGCUGGUAGCCCUGUGUCAUCUAGUUUUGGACGUUAUUCCAGUCAUGAAGACCCUCUGGCGUUAACUCCACCCAAGUCAAGCAUUUCUGGGCCUCCUGUGACAGUGGCAGUGCUUCGCUCCACCAGUGUCCCGUAUUACACAGCCAAGAGUCACUCAGUACCAAGUUACGGCGGUGUCCCAGCGGUAAGUCAACAGUGCUUGCCAGUAAACUGCCGAAGUAAACAGAGAAACAGUAAACAACAGACGCAUGUACACUCAGCUCCGCGCGGCAGACACAGCCGACAGGGUUCUUCUCACAGUACCGAGGGUGAUGAACGCAAAACGCGGCAUCUGUCUCUGUAUGACUUUGAACCGCCUUCAAACGCUGAGAGCAAAGUUUACAGGAUUAGUUUACCAACUUCAAGGUCACAGAGGACGCCUGGAUACAGUAACGGCAGCAGCUCAGUGAGUUCAACACACUCGAUUUCCUCAGGACAUACCACCCCUGUAGUCAUUCCUUCAACUCCAAUUGUGCCAGGAACCGAGGAAAGCCCUGCAUUGGCUUUUGACUUCAGUGGGCAGUUGGCCUCCAAGGAAGAAGAUCCGUUAAACAUAGAUUAUGAGCCUCGACGAGUGUUUAUUGAAAAGAAGGACACGCUUGGGAUUUCCAUCGCGGCUGGCUGUCAAGGAGGAGUGUUUGUUUGUUCAGUAAAUGAAGGAAGUGUCGCUGCCAGAGCAGGACUCAAAUAUGGCGAUCAACUGCUGGAGUACAACGGCGUGAAUCUGAGAUGUGCAACUUAUGAGCAAGCCGCCAUGAUUCUCAAACAAUCCGGAAACAGUGUUACCAUUCUAGCACAAUUCAACCCAGAGAAAUUCAAAGAGACUACGGAAUCAUUAUCCAGCCAGUCAGAAGCGAGCACUACCUGUAGCACCCCCGUCAAUAAAAACAAACAUUCACGUGAAGGAAGCAGUAACACUCCACCAAUCAGAAGGAACGGAGGAAUUCUGCCAAUCAUCGACAACGAACCUCCUGGGGACUUACGUUAUGUAUUCUUCACCAAGAGUCCCAGCUCACUUGGAUUCAACAUUGCCGGUGGCAACGCAAUGGGGAUCUUUGUGUCGGAAAUUCAACCUGACAACGAGGCUAUAAGUUCUUCAGGACUCAGUGUCGGUGAUCAUAUCUUGGAAUUCAAUGGCGUAGAUUUAACUUCGGUAACAGCAGAACAAGCCAUGUUAGAGCUGUGUAAACCAUCUGAGACUGUUCAAAUACUGGCACAAUAUAACCCAGCGAAAUUCAAUUCCCUUCGAGAUCAGCCAGGAGAUUCUUUCUACGUCAGGGCUCUAUUUGACCGUGCCACAAACACCAAAGGUGAUUUGAACUUCAAGAAAGGAGAUAUUCUUUACGUUACUGACACAAUGUUCAAUGGUCACAUGGGAUGUUGGAGAGCUUGUCUUGUUAAUGAAGAAGACGCACAGAGAAGAGAGAUUGGAAUGGUUCCGAGCCGGAUGAAAGCCGAGCAGGAGAUUCUGCUGCGUAGAAGCUUGGCGCUAGUUCACGGAGACGAGUAUAAACUGAGUGGGAGGAGAAGUUUCUUUAGGCGAAGUAAGAAAGGAACCCAUGGCUCGUCUGUCAAUCAUUCCCGUGAGGGCAGUGACUCUGCUACAAGCAUUACAACCAGUUGUACAGAUCUUGGUAUAGCUUCUUACCAGACAGUGGAAAAACUAGACAGUCAUAUCCCAAGAGCUGUGAUUUUGUUCGGCCCGUUAGUGGAUGCGUUGUACGAGAAACUCUGCGAAGAAGUCCCUUACAAGUUCGUCCAGUGCAAACCGGAAAUUGUCAACUUGCCAGAGGAGAAGGUCGAAAAAGGAAUUGCAGAUGGCACAUUUGUCGAUUACGCUUGGAAAGGUCACCAGCUGUCCUGUACCACAAUGGCUUCCAUCAAACAAGUCACUGACAAGCACUGUUUAUUGGAUGUCAGUCCGACAGCGGUAGAACGGCUACAUGCCUUACAAGUCUAUCCCAUCAUCUUGUUCGUUAAAUUCAAAUCACCUAAACACAUCAGAGAUCACAAAGACGGUCGGUACGUUAGAGAGAAGAUGAGUCUUCGACACGCUAAGGAACUAUUCGAAUCUUCUGGUAAAAUGGAACGAGAAUUGAAGCACUUAUUUAAUGGUACCGUACAUGGAAGCAACCUUAGCAACGUUUGUUCCCAGAUUCAAGAGAUGGUGGACGAGCAACAGAAGAAGACAGUCUGGGUACCACUCUCCAGUGUCUAAUUAUCACAUGAUCCAAUGAGUUGUAACCAUGGCUACAAUUACGUUAAAAAUAGCCGACCAAAGUCUUUUUUCAAUUUUUUAAAAUCUUCCUGUACCUUGGUUUUUAAGAUUUUUUUGAUCACCCCGGCACUGUUCUGGAUAAUUCAUACGCAUGAAAUGGUACUGAGGAUUUAGAAGUUGAUUAGGUAUGGGGCUGAUAGGUUUUUUAACGUAACGUGAUAAAAACAUUGGAAAAUUACUUUUUUGCCCGUCAACCGAAUUUUCCCCAACGAACUUGUCUAGUCCAAAAAAAUUAUAAGAAAUAGAUUUGCUUGCUUUGCUCUUCAUUAUUAAGUGUUAUGGUACUUGAUCUCUGUGAUCUCACUUUUAAAGAACAAGUACAUAAAAAAAACCAUCUGCCUUACGGCUUACUCUCGGAGAAUGAUCUCAUUUACUGAAAACGCAAAAGAUUCCGCAAGUGGAAACUUUUCUCCUCCCCAGCAGGCUGGGUAGGAAUCGUUGUAAAUAAGCUUCAUGUAAAUUCACUCAACUGUACACAGAUUCGCUCCAGCUUUUCUUUCCUUCUUAAAUGUUAGUUGAGGUGAGAUUUGAUGAGAUGUGCAUGCUCUGCGAAUCAGCGUUUUAAAGGUUGGGUGACCAGUCAAAAGUUUUUUCAAAUGCUUGAGUUUUAAAUAGUAAUUUAUGAUGUAAGCUUUGCUUUGUAGAUUCCCAAUUAAAAAAAUA